AUGUCCGCGAAUCAUCAACACAUGCUACGCCUGGUCCUCUCGUGCCGCAAACUCACGGCGCAGGUCACGAAUCCCACGACGUCCACCAUCAUAGCCAUGGCCUCCUCCACGGAACAAGAAUUCCUCGCUCAGUACCGCACCAGGCUCAACCGCUUCCCUCGAUCUCACCACUUCUGGGACGCCAAAAUGGCAUCCCGUGUCGGCGAGAAGUUAGGGUUCCGCCUUAAGGAGAUUGGCAUCACCAGCAUCAAUAUCGACAUCGAGGAGGAGCUUUCUCGCCCGAUUCACUACAGGAAGAGAGUCUUGCCGUUGUUCAAUUCCGUGAAACGCGUGGGUGUCGCCGUCGAUGGAGCUGACAAAUUAGGAGAGAUUGGGCCUGCAUAGAUUGCGCUUUGGAGGUGAGCAGUAAAUCGGGAGAUCAGAUUUUGGUGUGAGUGAGAUACAGGAAAGGUAUACCACUGAAUUUUGACGAAGUGGUUCUUAUUUGUUGUAUUUCAUUAGAUUUAUACUUGUAUUGAUCAUUGGCCAGUAAACAUUAUCUUAUUUUUGAGAAAAUAAAACAAACAAAAGAAGGAAAUUUAUGAUUUUUCUUCAAAA